CGCUGUGCGUGAGGCAUUGAACGGAUCAAUCCAUCGCUGAUUAGGCCUGGUGUAACUGCUUGCGCUUCUUUUAAGGUCAGCCAUGCCUUCGCGAAGGUGGCAUAGCAAGUCUAGGCUUGGUUGCGCGCCAUGCAAGAGACGUCGUGUCAAGUGUGACAUGAAUACACCAGUUUGUGGUAGAUGCGACCGUUUUGGAGAGCACUGCCCAUUUGCAGACACCAGCGUUGCCCGCGGAGCCUCAAUAGAAGCCCUCCAAGCAGGCAUUGUCACCUGGGACUCAAGCCUAUCUGUGUCCAGCGAUAUAUCUAGCCUGUCACCUUCGAUGCUUCUAUUGACAAAGUCUGCUCAAUGCGAGGCGUCUUUGAUUUUUUACGAGGCUCAGCAGCAUGUUUUUGCGAUGCAAGCUCUCAACGCCUUGUCCGUGCUAUUCUGCCAGGGUCAAGCCGCUCGCAGUAGUAUCAAGGCGCAUGCCUGGCAUCUGAAAGCCUCUGCAGGUUUCCAUGCCUCUGUCGCCGGUAAAGUAGUCAGUACCUACUUUGCUCAGUGGAUUUUCGGCCUAGCAACCACCGUCUUCCAAAUUCGUUUGUGCGUCACUCAUCCAAGAGAGGACGCCAUAGCCGAGACCUUUCACUUACUCAGAGGCACCGCAAGACUUGCCGUCGCCAUCGCACCCCGAUUCAUGCAAGAUCAAAGGCUAGCACACGAUAGAACAAAAGACACGGGCGCAAAGAUCCAUCUCGAGUUUCUAGAACGAAUCAAACUCUUGAAAAGAAACAUUCGUAUGGUGGAGCCGAACCAGGAAUAUCUGAUUCAAGCUGCUGAAUUGCUACAGACUUGGUGUGUUUCUAUCCAGGGACAGCCAAGGACGUGGUUACACAUUUUGUCAUGGCCGGCCUUGGUGAGUGAAGCUUUUGUCGCCCAACUACAUUGUAAAAAUAAGAAUCGCUCAGUGGCACUUGCUAUCUUUUUGCAUUGGUGUGUUAUAAUGAUUAGAUUUGAUGACACUUGGUUUCUGAAUGGGUGGAUAACACAACUGGCGCAGCAAGCGUGGGCGCAAUUGGAAGGAGGUUGGGAGUCCACGGUCAUAGUAGCUGCUCGAGCUCUGCAGUUGGGCCCUAAAGAAGAGACAAUAAAGGAUUACGGUAGAAAAGCAUAA